AAAUAAAAGUAAAAGUUCAGUAACUGGUUAAACUAGCUACAGGUUGCAAUGCUUUAUAGCUCCAUGUGACUAGGAGUUCCAUUUUGGGCAGUGUAAUUUCAGACUUUUAAAAAAGGAGGUCCCAUACGUUUAUAAUGUGUGAGGGAGACUUUCCUAGAUCAAAUAGUGCUUGAACUUGUAAGAUUUCCUUUUUUUUUUUUUUUUUUUUUAAAUGAUGAGAUGAUUUAAAUUGUAGUUUUCAAGCAAGGAUGAUUCUCCCUCAGAACAUUUGCACAUUUGCAGUGUUUCGGAGACAUUUUGGUUGUCACGGCUGGCAGGAGAGGCAGCCUGAGAGGCUCCGGGCAUCUACCGGCCAGAAGCCUGGGAUGCCGCUAAAUGUCCUAUACCGCAUGGGACAGCCCCCACAACAGACAGUUCUCCAGCCCCAAAUCACAGUGGUGCCCAGGCUGAGAAACCCUGCUUUAAAUUACACAUCUAUUCCUGCACAUACCAGGCCAUAUACUCCUAUGAAAGGAGGAAUCUCCAAUGUAUGGUUUGACAGAUUUAAAAUAUCUAAUGACUGCCCAGAACACCUUGAGUCAAUCAAUGUAAUGUGUCAAGUGCUUACAGAUUUGAUUGAUGAUGAAGUAAAAAGUGGCAUCAAGAAGAGUAGAAUAUUAGUAGGAGGAUUUUCUAUGGGAGGGUGCAUGGCAAUGCACUUAGCAUAUAGAAAUCAUCAAGAUGUGGCAGGAGUAUUUGCUCUUUCUAGUUUUCUGAAUAAAACAUCUGCUGUUUACCAGGCUCUUCGGGACAGCGACGGUGUGCUCCCUGAAUUAUUUCAGUGCCACGGUGCCGCAGACGAGUUAGUUCUUCAUUCUUGGGGUGAGGAGACAAACUCGAUGCUAAGGUCCCUGGGAGUGAACGCGAAGUUUCACAGUUUCCCGGGUGUUUACCAUGAGCUAAGCAGAGCCGAGCUCGAAAAACUGAAGUCAUGGAUUCUUACAAAGCUUCCGGGAGAAGUGGAAACGCAAAGUGAAUGAGUCAGGGUAGAUUUGCCCAUCUACAUGUCAUGUCUCUCCAUGAAAAGUGGUUUUUACUGCCAAAUUACAGUUUGAUAAAUGAUAAUUAAAGUAUUAAUAAAUAUCACAUGUACUGAUUUA